AUGAAGUACGUCCUCACAGCCGUGGGUGUCUGCGCUGCAGUGACGCAAAGCUGGCUGUACUUGAGUCCUCUCUUCAUGGCCGACGACUACGCUCCACUGCAGCUGACAACCGACGAUCUGCCUGCCGACGUCUGCUUCAACUCGUCCACUUCAACGUGCAAUGACUUGACCGAUGUCUCCUCCUCCGCCUUCCUCAGCAUCGCCCACACGUCCGAGCGCGCUGCGGAAAUCGAGUUCAUGGCCAAGAACCUCCAGAACGAGGAGCGCGCGUGGCCCAUCGACGGCCAGGACAUCCCAAUCUACAUGGGGCCAGUGGCCCGCCCAGGCUCAAUAGCCGAGCAGCUCCAGUACCAGGAUCUCAAGGAGCUCAGCGCGUUGAAGCCAGACACGCCCGAGCUCAUGGUGGCGCUGGCUGGGCGUUGGCUGCCGCAACUCAACUCGACCGACGCGUACACGCGCUUCUACGAGUUGUUCCACCCCAUCGCGGACGCCCCAAUGGACUCGGUGGACCAUGGGGACGUCGGCUUCGGCGCCUCACGUCUCAGUUUACGCGGCUUCAGCUUGAGAGCUAUGAGAGAGUCCGACGACGACCCGGAGGACGAGACGCUCACUGCGGAGAACGUAGAGCGAGUCUGUGGCGAUGGAGCGUCCGUGCAGUCGCUGCGAGCCGACAAGAAACUGUUCGUAGUGGACUUGGACACCAUCGGGCAAUGGGGAGACCCUACCGUCUCCAAGGUCGAGUCGAUGGAGGAGAGUGAAGUAGAAUACCCACCGACCAAGUACCUGCCGUCGGUUGUCGGCUACUUCUGCUUCAACGAGCAGCUCCUGCCUCUGGCCAUCAAACUCGUGGACUCUGGUAUCACGUACACGCCGUUUGACUCGCCUGCAGAGUGGCAAUUGGCCAAGACGGCCUUGAACGCUGCCGAGGCCACGUUCCAGCAGAUGCAGCACUUUGCUGAAAGUCACACAAUAUCGAUCCCCAUCCGCGUCGAGCUGUACCGAGCUUUCGCGGACAUACAUCCGGUCAGGGCCUUGUUAAUGCGCCACUUCGCUCUCGACUUCGGUCUGGAGCAGCAGGCGGGCAUUGUGCUCUUCAAUACGUCCACGCCGUUGGAUAAAACCUUCGGCAUUGGAGCGGCAGGCUGCGUGCGCUUCCUGGAGGACGCUCGAAGUCGCAUCUCGCUGUUGGGCGAUAUCUACAGCGACGUCAAGGCGCGCGGCAUCCAGCACCUGCCACACAAAUACGCGGUGUACGGAAAGAUGCACGCGGACGCCAUCUCCCACUUCGUCAGCGGGUUUCUCGACGUCUACUACGAGGAUGACGAAGCUGUGAGGACGGACGUUGAGCUGCAGCAGUGGGCGGCUGCGUGUGCCCAGAUCCCGCAUCUGCACGACUUCCCGGCGGUCUUUGGAGGCAAGGGCCAACUGCGCCAGCUACUGACGAGACUGGUGUUCCAAAGUGUCGUCAAGCACCACGCCAUGAACGGAGAGGUGACAUGGACCACGGUGGCCAUGCCGUUCAGCGCCGCGGCGCUCUGGAAGCCGCUUCCUCGUCGCAAGGAACGCGAUGGGCACCCGCAGAUCGAUGUGUUUAACUACCUGCAGCCGCGUGAGCUCUUCCCCGCCAUGAUCUUCCUUAGCGCGCUGUUCAACCGCCCGCGGCCGGAGGCGACGACGCUCAAAUCCGUCUACAACGUGGCCCCGUUCACUGAUGACUCAAGACUGCAGCCGGCCAUCAGAGCGUACGACGCAGAGCUGCAGGCCAUCGACGACUUCAUCGUGGCCAACGAGGAGCACGAGGCCCAGCCGUACCACAUCCUCCGCCCCGGGAGCCUGCCGCACAACACUUGGAUUUAG